AUGCUUGCAACACGAUUAUUUCGAUCGCAUGCUGCGCGCAAAGCCAUAUUUACAGGAAUCAGAUCAAUAUCUUCAUUGCCUUCGCAAUCCGAAUCUAUUAAAUCAUGGACUCCUGUACCAUAUAUCACCGAGACGAUUGAACGAAUUAUCUGUCUAAACGGCGAAGUCAACUCUUCACUUUCUGCGGCAGUCGUAGCACAACUCCUCUAUCUCGAAUCCGACGCCCCCGAAAAGGCCAUAACCCUCUACAUCAACUCCCCAGGCGGAUCCGUUACCGCCGGCCUCGCCAUCUACGACACAAUGACCUACAUCAAAUCCCCCGUCUCCACCGUGUGCGUCGGACAAGCUGCAUCUAUGGGAUCACUUUUGCUCUGUGGUGGUGAACCCGGGAAAAGAUUUUGUUUACCACACAGUUCGAUCAUGAUACAUCAACCCAGUGGUGGAUAUUCAGGCCAGGCAACAGAUAUCGCGAUCCAUGCGACGGAGAUAUUGAGGGUCCGACAGAGUUUGAAUGAAAUUUAUAAGAGGCACUUGACAAAGGAGCACUCGUUGGAGGAAAUUGAGAGGAUGAUGGAGAGGGAUAAGUUUUUGAGUGCGCAGGAGGCGUUGGAUAUGGGGAUUGUGGAUGAGAUUCUUGAUAGGAGGGAACCUGAGGGGAAGAAAGAGGAUAUUAAAGGGUCGUAG